AUGCUUGCAUUGUUAUUUACAGCGGGCUAUUUCGUGACACGAGCGUCAAAGGAGAUCAAUGGUGCUCGUCGCCGCCGAAAGGAGAGGAAAUUAAAACUGAAGAAAUCAAAGGCAGAAACAAAGCCCGUACGGACUACGACUGACACAUCUGCAUCAAUAAAUAGUGAUACAAGUAGUAUCAGCGUGAAGAGCAAAGAAACCACCUUGGAUUCGAAACCGAUUUCUUAG